UGCUAUUCAAAACCAAAUAAAACAAGAAUUAGAAGGAAGGUUGGGGUGGGGUAGAAGCAGAAUAGCAGCCCGUAAAAUUUCAGACACAGAGCCGGACACCAAAUAUGCACUCUUUUGGGUACAGAGCCAACGCUGUGCUAGCGUUUUCUGUCACGAUUCUCGCGUUGAUCUGCGGGAUAGCUUCUUUCUCCGACAACUUCAAUUCGCCGUCGCCCGACGCUCAAGUCCGAGUGUUGAAUAUUAACUGGUUCCGGAAGAAACCUGAUGGUAACGAUGAGGUCAGCCUGACUUUGAAUAUAUCAGCAAACUUAGAGUCGUUAUUUACAUGGAAUACAAAGCAGGUGUUUGUAUUUUUAGCGGCUGAAUACAAAACCCCGAAGAAUGCGCUGAAUCAGGUCUCUUUGUGGGAUGGUAUUAUACCCUCCAAAGAGAAAGCAAAAAUUCGGAUUCACACAACUAACAAGUAUCGUUUUAUCGACCAAGGAAGCAAUCUACGUGGUAAAGACUUCAAUUUGACAUUGCACUGGCAUGUCAUGCCGAAGACUGGCAAGAUGUUGAGAGACAAUUUGGUGAUGAGUGGCUUCCGCUUGCCAGAGGCCUAUAGAUAAAGAUGUUUUCUUUACGAUAUUUUCCUUAAUUUUAGCCUUCCGUUAUUUGGAGGUACAAACAGCUGAGGAACAAAAACAAGAGAAAUACUUGUGUGACUUUUACUAUUUAUAGAAGUCGAAAUUUCAGAGAUACAACAGUUUACUUCA